AUCGGGAGGAGUAGAGUCCACGAGGAAUGGCGAUCUUGAGAAGUCGUUUGCUGGUCGCUGCCCUAGCGACAGUUCUCGCCGUCGCUUCGAUCUGCUCCGCCGAGAUCUACUUGGAGGAGCGAUUUGACGAUGGGUGGGAGAAUCGGUGGGUCAAAUCUGACUGGAAGAAGGAUGAAAACAUGGCUGGAGAAUGGAUCUACACUUCUGGAAAUUGGACAGGCGAUGCUGAAGAUAAAGGAAUCCAAACCUCUGAAGACUACAGAUUCUAUGCCAUUUCAGCAGAGUUCCCUGAGUUUAACAACAAGGGCAAGACAUUAGUAUUCCAAUUCUCAGUAAAACAUGAACAAAAACUUGACUGUGGUGGUGGCUACAUUAAAUUGCUUAGUGGUGAAGUAGAUCAGAAGAAAUUUGGUGGAGAUACUCCUUACAGUAUCAUGUUUGGACCUGACAUCUGUUUGCAUAGCACUAAAAAGGUUCAUGCCAUCUUUUCACGUGAUGGGAAAAACCACUUGAUUAAGAAAGAAGUUCCAUGCAAGACUGAUCAACUAACUCAUGUGUAUACUUUCAUCGUCCAUCCUGAUGCUACAUACAGCAUUCUUAUUGAUAACAAUGAGAGGCAAACAGGUAGCUUGUAUGAUGAUUGGGAUAUUCUUCCUAAGAAGCAAAUCACGGACCCUGAUGCCAAGAAGCCUGAAGAUUGGGAUGACAAGCAGUACAUCCCUGAUCCAGAGGACAAGAAACCUGAGGGGUACGAUGAUAUUCUCAAGGAGAUUACUGAUCCUGAUGCUAAAAAGCCUGAAGAUUGGAAUGAAGAAGAGGAUGGUGAAUGGACAGCACCGACCAUUCCCAACCCUGAAUACAAGGGGCCCUGGAAGCAAAAGAAAAUUAAGAAUCCCAAUUACAAGGGGAAGUGGGAGGCACCAUUGAUUGAUAACCCUGAUUACAAGGAUGACCCUGAUAUCUAUGCCUAUCCCAAUUUGAGAUAUGUAGGCAUUGAAUUAUGGCAGGUGAAAUCUGGAACUCUGUUUGAUAACAUUCUGGUCUCUGAUGAUCCUGAAUAUGCCAAAAAAUUUGCUGAAGAAACAUGGGGCAAAAAUAAGCUUGCUGAAAAAGCAGCAUUUGAUGAAGCUGAGAAAAAGAAGGAAGAGGAGGAAUCUAAAGAUGAUGAGUCAGAUAUAGAAGAUAAAGAUGAAGAUGAUGCAGAGUCUGAUUCAGAUGCGGAAGAAAAGGAAAAGGAGACUGCUCAUGAUGAGCUUUAGAUGUCGAGGUUGUUGCAAGUUAGCUCAUGCACAGUUUCUGGAGUUCUCUUAAUCGAUCUUAUUUAGUCAGUCAACUUUUAGUGCCCUUGGGGAUUUCUCUUGCUGUAUUUGAGCUAGGCAUGAAAUGUUAGAUGCAUUGAACUUCAAGUAAUUGGCAAGAAUUUUUAUUAUUGUCGCCGUAAUUUCUCUCAAUGAAAUGUGAUGCAUUGAACGUCAA